AUGUACGGCAGCCGGAAGGGGCCAGAGGCGGUGCCGCGGGUGACGGACGACAGCCUUACCUUUUCUCACGUGGCCGCGAAUACCGGCUCAGGAGCAUCUGUUGGGUGCCUACAGCCCCACGAGGAAGGGAUGAAGAUGGCCUCCAAGCGCAUUACCCAGGAGACCUUUGAUGCAGCUGUUCGUGAGAACAUUGAGGAAUUUGAGAUGGGGCCAGAGGAGGCAGUGAAAGAGGCUGUGGAACAGUUUGAAUCACAAGGGGUUGAACUGAGCAACAUUAUAAAGAUGGCACCCAAAGUCUCUGAAGAUGGACCUCAGGAGCUCACACAUGAUAUCCUGCAGGCUCUGGAAGACCUGCAGGAGUCUGUGGCUUGCUGUCACCCCCAGGAGGUGUCAGUGCAACUUGCCCGCUUUUGUGAGCAGUGCAAACAGCACAGAGCCUGCCGCUUUCUGGCAGCUCAGAAGGGUGCCUACCCCAUCCUCCUUGCCGCCUGGAAGCUGGCUGCAGCAGGUGACCAGGGACUUGUUCUCCAGGUCCUUAACGCCCUGUCAGCCCUGAUCGAUGGUCAACCCGAUCUUCUGGACACCCAGGGCCUAAAGCUGCUGGUGGCCACUUUGGCCCAGAAUGGCGACUCGACUGAUCUGAUUUGCACUGGGAUCCGCUGCAUUCGCCAUGCCUGCCUGAAACACGAACAGAAUCGUCAGAAUCUAGUGAAGGCUGGUGUGCUGCCCCUCUUGACUGGUGCCAUCACUCGGCACAGCCACUGUGCUGAUGUGGUCAGGGAGGCCUGUUGGGGCCUCCGUAUCAUGACUUUUGAUGAUGACAUUCGUGUGCCCUUCGGCCACGCCCACGACCAUGCCAAGAUGAUUGUGCAGGAGAACAAAGGCUUGAAGGUGCUUAUUGAGGCUGCCAAAGCAUUCCCUGACAACCCCAGCAUCCUGAGUGAGCUCUGCAGCACUUUGUCCCGUCUGGCUGUUCGCAACGAGUUCUGCCAGGAGGUCGUAGACCUUGGGGGCCUCGGUAUCCUGAUGGCCCUGUUGGCCGACUGCAUCGACCACCAGGAGCUUGUGAAGCAGGUGCUGAGUGCCCUACGAGCCAUUGCGGGUAACGAUGAUGUGAAGGAUGCCAUUGUCCGUGCAGGAGGGACAGAGUGCAUUGUGGCUGCCAUGACCCGGCACCUGGCCAGCCCCCAGGUGUGUGAGCAGAGCUGUGCAGCCCUGUGUGUCCUGGCCCUGCGCAAACCAGAGAACAGCCAGGUCAUCGUGGAGGGUGGAGGGGCUUUGGCUGCACUGGAGGCGAUGAAGGCACACCCAAAGGAGGCUGGCGUGCAGAAACAGGCCUGUAUGCUGAUCCGAAACCUAGUGGCCCGAAGCCAGGCCUUCUCACAGCUCAUCCUGGACCUGGGGGCUGAAGCACUCAUUGUUCAGGCCCGUGUUGCCCACCAAGACUGCGAGGAUGUGGCCAAAGCUGCCCUGCGGGACCUGGGCUGCCGUGUAGAGCUCCGAGAGCUGUGGACUGGCCAGAAGGGCAACUUAGCACCAUGACCCAGCCACAGAGACUCUGCGUGAGUCAUGUGGGCCUGAGACUCUGCGUGAGUCAUGUGACUCAGGAAAAGGAGAGAUCCAUGUCCUGCCAGUCUGUCCUCCAGAUUCCUCCCCCAACUCAGCAAGAGGUGUUUUCUGACUGGCACCAGGUACAAGCUGAGGGAGCACUGGUAAGGCAUCUACACUGGGUCCUGUGCUCCCCUCACCAGCCAACAGCAUUGGUAUCACCUGUCCUACCCAUCCCUCCAGUUCUUUCCUACCAGAAGGGCCUCGCACUGCCUAGGGCAAAGUGCUAUCUGAAAUUUGGCUGCCACACUGGCCAGUCUCAGAGUGGGGCAUGGAUCCUGCUCUGGCCUUUUUAAGUCCAUCCUUUCCCUGUUCCUGUUUUUGUCACCUGUAAAUGGGUCAAAGAUACCUUGCUCUCCUGGCCAGAGGGCAGCAACUGAGGCUGGUCCAUCUCUGGGGCCCCAGGCCAGCCAGUGGUGCCUGGUAAUAAAAGACCAUUGGUUGAAGGAUA